AAAACCAAAAAACAAAAUGAUAGUUGGGAUAAUAUUUGCGAAAAAGCUGAGUCUUGGUUAACAAAGUCAACGGACAAUAAAGAAGAAUCUUUUGAAACCACUUUACCGACUGUUGAAUUUGAUAAUCAAUUCUCUGUUCUUGAAUUAAAAUUUUAUACAAGAUAUGAAGAAUAUGUAGACGAU